AUGGAGCACGAACAAAUGAAGCGUGAUGGUGUUAACGCAUAUAUUGAAGAUAUCAGUGAAAGAUUCUUGCGAGAUGAUAGCUGGGAUACAUUGAAACCGGAUGAAAUAGCUGAAGCGUCACUGCAAGUUCGAGCUGAAACAAUCGAUUCCUCGACCGAAGAUAUACAAACUCAUCGUUUUCGACAAUUUUUAUCGAUUGCAACCAACUUCGCUUCGUUGCCAUAUGCUCAAAAGCUGUGCAAAAUCCCAGAAUUAGUAGAAAGUAUUCAACAAUUGCUUGAAGAUAUGAUGAGAGAAGUUCGAGAAUACAGUGAUAUGGCAAAUGAACUUCGUGAUCUCAUUCAACGUUUUGUUCAAAUGGUAACGGAAAUAAAACAUAAUGUUAAUAUGAAGCUUCCUUUACUUACAGCUGCUAAAUCGCAAAUAGGAAUUGUUCAAGAUGUUAUGAAUACAGAUCCAAGUAAAGGACUUAAUGAUAUCGAUAAAAAAGAUAUUCAACUUGCUUUGAAUCGAAUGUCAACUGGAAUGCAAGGCUUACUCAGCUUAGCUAAAUCAGCAAGAGCUGAAAGUCAACAACUAGACACCCGUAUACAUAAGAUGACUAAUUCUGUUCAGACAAAAAAACUCAUUCUUGAAGAACGAUUAGAUGUAGCAAGUUUUUGUUUUAAAUAUGCUAUGCCAUUCGGUAUGGCUUCAACUGGUGCUACAGUUGGAGGACUUGUUGCAGCUGAAUCAUUUGGUGGUAUUGGAGCAUUAGUCAUUGCUGGAACGGUUUUUCCUCCUAUUAAUGCUAUUAUCAGUGCAUGUAUUUUAGGUGGAAUUGCUACUGGAACGGCUAUUCUUUUAGUGAAAAAAUUUUGGGCUCGUCGUCAACUGACAGCACUCGACUAUCUUAACAAAAUAUUUGAAGGUUUAAUGGAAUUAAGUUCAGCGAAUAGACAUUUCAUGGGUUAUAUGGCCAAUACGGAGGAGAAAGCAAAUAAAGUUUCACAACAUAUUCAAGAUAUUCAACUGUGUUUAGAGAGUGAAAGACAGCGACGAGUAAAUCGUGAUGUCUGCAAUAUAGCCGUAGGUUCAAUAUCGACAAUGAUAGAAAGUCUUGAACGAAUAUCUAAUUUAGAUAUAUCAAAAUGGUCUGACAGUUCACGUAUAAUCAAUUUUUCAAAAACAAAUAUUACAAUAAAUGCUAUUACAAACUAA